AUGAAAGGCCCCGGGAUUGUGCUCUGUGAUGGAAACAUCUGGAGUUGGAUCCCCUGGAGCUCAGCUGCGCUCGUCAAGGACGGCUUGCCGCUGUCCAAGAUCGACAAGCAGACGGGAAAGGUGUUGGAGGGCGUGCCCAUCGAGCUAUCUGAAAUCUCCGAGGAGGAAUAUGAAGAUGACUUAGAAGCGUGGUGGUCCCAGACACUGGGGACCUACAUGUUCGAGAACCCGGGUGAUUAUAGCAACAUGUGCACUAACUUAGCGAGACCGGAUAGGAUUGUGCUGGGCUGUGCAGUGGCAGGACAUGAUUCCGUGGAGCGUAAUGACUACACGCCUACAGGCCAUGGGUUCGUGACGUUUAUGUGCCCUCCAAUCUUGAGGGGUUCAAAAACAGAACCCCGACGCGACGCUUGGUUCGAAGGGGGCCCAAGCACCCUUCUCUGA